UCAUCAAGAGCUUCUCUAGCAAUCCUUUGUAUGGGCGGGGCAGGCGGGGCUUCCGGUGGCCAAUAGGGAACUUUCCCAAAGCCUACCUCUCCGGCCUCUCUCCCAUCCCCCAGCACAGAAGCAUCUGCUCCGAGGUGGCCCGCCAAGUGGAGACCCUGGAAAAUGUGCAAUGGAAAUAGUGACACACUGCAGUCUUCCAGCUGACUGACCCUACCCUUCCCAAACCACAAAGCCCUAGGCUUUACUAACAGUUCCCUCAUAGUCACCUGGAUUCGUGCUGCAAGAUUUUUCCCUCACAAAGGAAGCCAAGAACCCACACACUCCCGGCCAGCCCUAGGCAGCAGCCUUAGGCAGACUGCCCCUUUCCCGUAACAAGAGGAAGUCUGGAAAAAUUGUAAGCAAGACAUCAUUUCUGUAAGAAAAUUUUGGAUAGCAGGAGUUCUGGAUAAAAGGGCAGACCAGGCCAGUCACCAUGAGCUGGAGCUUCCUGACGCGCCUGCUAGAGGAGAUCCACAACCAUUCCACGUUCGUGGGGAAGAUCUGGCUCACGGUGCUGAUCGUCUUCCGCAUCGUCCUCACGGCUGUCGGCGGGGAGUCCAUCUACUACGACGAGCAGAGCAAGUUCGUGUGCAACACCGAGCAGCCGGGCUGCGAGAACGUCUGCUACGACGCCUUCGCCCCCCUCUCCCACGUGCGCUUCUGGGUCUUCCAGAUCAUCCUGGUGGCCACCCCCUCGGUGAUGUACCUGGGCUACGCCAUUCACAAGAUCGCCAAAAUGGAGCACGGUGAGGCAGACAAGAAGGCUGCGCGGAGCAAGCCCUACGCCAUGCGCUGGAAGCAGCACCGGGCUCUGGAGGAGACAGAAGAGGACCACGAAGAGGAUCCCAUGAUGUAUCCAGAGGUGGAAUUAGAAAGUGAGAAAGAAAAUAAAGAGCAAAACCAACCUAAACCCAAGCAUGAUGGCCGACGGCGGAUUCGGGAGGAUGGUCUCAUGAAAAUCUAUGUGCUGCAGUUGCUGGCCAGGACCGUGUUUGAGGUGGGCUUUCUGAUAGGGCAGUAUUUUCUGUAUGGCUUCCAGGUCCACCCAUCUUAUGUGUGUAGUAGAAUUCCUUGCCCUCAUAAGAUAGACUGCUUUAUUUCUAGACCCACUGAAAAGACCAUCUUCCUCCUGAUAAUGUACGGUGUUACAGGCCUUUGCCUGUUGCUUAACAUUUGGGAGAUGCUUCAUUUAGGCUUUGGGACAAUUCGAGACUCACUAAACAGUAAACGGAGAGAACUGGAAGACCCGGGUGUUUAUAAUUACCCUUUCACUUGGAAUACGCCAUCUGCUCCCCCUGGCUAUAACAUCGCCGUCAAACCAGAUCAGAUCCAGUACACCGAGCUGUCUAACGCGAAGAUCGCCUACAAGCAGAACAAGGCCAACAGCGCCCAGGAGCAGCAGUACGGCAGCCAGGAGGAGCACCUCCCCGCCGAGCUGGAGACUCUGCAGCGGGAGAUCAGAAUGGCUCAGGAGCGCUUGGACCUAGCAAUCCAGGCCUACCAUCACCAGAGCCACCCCCCCGGCCCCCGGGAGAAAAAGGCCAAAGUGGGCUCCAAAGCCGGGUCCAACAAGAGCAGCACGAGCAGCAAGUCCGGGAAUGGGAAGACCUCCGUCUGGAUCUGAUCUCGGCCGGCGCAGCAGGUCCGGGAAUGGGAAGACCUCCGUCUGGAUCUGAUCUCGGCCGGCGCAGCGCUUGUGCUCUCCGUUGCCGAUGGUGAGCCGCGGCUCCCUGAGUAAUGACUUCCACCGAGGAAACACUUGGCUCUGGUUUUCUUCAGGGAUCUGCUGGCUGUGACCCGAGCUCAGGGGACUGCAGGCGGGGCUGGGACAGGAAAAGAAGGGAGACAUAGUGUUCCUGGGCACGCGUUCCAGCGGUAAUACAGUUGUAGACUUCACAUUUGUGUCUUCCAGAUCUGGAAAAGAACAGAUAUAUUUAAAUCAUUCUUGUUGAACAAUUUUUGUAUGUACAGUAUUAUGGAACUUUUUCUUUUUUCUUUUUUUUUUCUUUUUUUUUUAGUAUGAGAACUUUUUUUUGUACUUGUACAUUGGACCACUGUAGUUAUACUUUUAUAUUAAAGGGGGAAAAUCCUAAGGCAAUGCCUAUUAGGCUAUAUUAUUACUUUGUUCAGCAUAUUCUACCCUAGGUUUAAUGUUUUAAUAGAUGCUACACCUAAUAAAAGUGCCUCUCGUGGUACAGGGAUAAUUUCAAAUAUAUGAGGAGGAGGAGGAAGAGUCAGUUUUCAGUCUUAGAAAGCCACAGUAGAAGCAGGUUCAGAUCCCUUCUUGAGAGUCUCACUCCUGUGCCCGGUGUUGUAUCUAGUCUUUGAAAACCUAUUGGUAUUUUCAAAGGAGAAACAUGAUUCGAUGCAGGAUUCCUUUAACUAUCAAGCAUUGCCAUUGUGUGCUUUGAUGGGUGUAUCGUUUAAGUUCUUUCAAAAGGCUGAGUUACUAAGACUCCUCUACCACAAAGCACAGCCACGCCUGGAAAACGAGCCCUGAUAGGAUGUUCAGUUGUGGACCUGAUUUGCCUUAAAUCUCUACCCAGAAACCUGCCUCUCUCUAGUUUCUCAAGAAACCAGUGAUGGAUAGUUUCUUUAUAUGUUAACAUUAGAAAUACAGAAAUUCCCUUGUAAGCUAAGAAUACUCAAAGCUCCUUGUGCUGCAUAUGGUGGAAGGCCUAAAUCCAAACUCCUUAUUUUUUGUAAUUUACCAUGGAACUUUUGUAAUUUGCAUACUCCUGCCAAUGUCGUUUUCUGCCUGGAAGACCAGUCAGACCAGGGGUUUUAUCUGUAAAUAGAUCUAAAGAGCAUUUCAGUAUUUAUUCCCUACAAAUAUAUUUGUAGGCAUAUCAGUUUGUCAGUGACAGACAUUAAUGUUCAUGUAACAGUCAUACUUUGCAGUAUUUUAUUGCCAUUUUCAACCUUGUAUUAUAUUGGAGAGCUUUGCUCUGCUGUCAGGUUCACAUCGUUUGUCUCAUAGUUGGUGAGCUUCUGAGUAAGAGCUUGGUGAAGGUUUAAAGGGAGGGACUUUUGCUUCACUAUGGAAUAUUUCAUUUUGGGUAGCUCACUCUUUUCCAACAGGAAGCUGUCACAAGCCACCUCUGACUUUGAAAUUCUAAAAGUAUUAUUAGUUUUUUUAUGUCUUAGUUUUAAAACGAGAAUUCUAGAACAGCAUCUUUAUUUCUUUUCUUUUUUCUUUGUUGGUCUCCAUUGCGUUUCUCCUACUCCUACCCCCAAACAAAAGCAACGCAGUAGAAGAUUUAAGCUUAUUUUCUAGCCAUGCAUUUACCUUUAUUUUGUUGCUUUUUUAUAUAUAAUUUUGACCUAGAGAAGUUCCUCAGGAUCUCAAAACAUCUUAAGCACAAAGUAAGUCCAGGUGAGACUAAAAGGGAAAUUUCAGGAAAUUAUACAUGUAUGUAUCCUGGAUAAUUAAUAGACAUGCAAUUUCCUUCAAACCAAAUGCAUAAAAGGAAAUUAAAAUACAAAAGCAGGCAAAAUGUUAAAUACCUAAGCCUAGCUAAGAUAAGGAACUAUCAAUUAAUUCAUAAUUGAAGGACGGAAGAUGCACACACACACACUCUCAUCUGUCUCUUCAGAGCCUGCAGAAGAGCAUGGCUUGGCCAGCAGGAAGGUUGGGGGUUUGAAGGUGAUGGAGAGGGAGGGAGUCAGGUGGAAGUGCCAGGCCGACAUUGUGCCAGGAGUAUCUAUUGUUCCUACAAACAUCUUGGCUCGUCGCCUGGCUCGUUCUGAUGAGAAUGUUACCCUUUGUGUCUGGAUCAUUCUUCACCUUCUUGAAGUAGGUAGAGAAAUAUUCACAUGUGCACGCACAUUUAAAAAUCUGUUUUUAUUCUGUCACUGAAGUUUUAAUUGGGACAUGGGUUUCUCAGUUCUCACCACUUUCUUAUUAUAUUUCUUUCAGCCUUUGAACAUAAGUUUGCCAAAGCCAUUUCCCCCUAGUGACAUCUGUGAACCUGCAUUAAAAAAAUGGCCCUGUCGGUGUCGAGGUUAAUCCAUUGAUUUGGUCUACACUGAAUCUAUAAAAAUAUCAUCCCAGCUAUUGUUCUGGAACUCGCAGGAAUUUGUAUGAAAAGUGUGUCCGCAUUUUUUCUUGUCAGAAUCAUAUUCCUUUGAAUUGCUGUGUAAGACAUGUUCUGUCAUAGGGUAUUUGCUUCUCUAGAUAGGAGUUGAGUGUUUAGUUCUUCACAUCUGAGAAACAGGAUACAAUCAUGUUUAUAUACCUUAGCAUCCUGUUGGAUUUAUUUAGAUGUGGCGUGUCCUUUGCCAUCAUCCUUAAAAUCUGUUAUUCAGAGAGAUUUGUAAAAGGAACAGGCUUUUUUCUUAGUUCAAAUUUGAGGGGAUAAUUUCAUAACAUUUUCUCCUAAAAAAUGUUCAUGUUCAUUUUGUGGUUUCACGUUUUCUUAAUGACUUAAUUUUGUCUGUUUCGAUAUUUCACUUAAAACCACAAGUGUGUUCUCACUCAAAGUCAGUUUUUCUGGGGAUUUUCCUUGACGAAUGUCUAAUAUCUAUAGAAUUACUUUGAUAAAAAUGAACUUUGUCAUUUAAAAUGUUUCUGGAGGUCAGGACUACUAACAGUCUUUUUAAAAAAAGGACAGCUAUGUCUUUAAAGAGAAAAACAUCAUCCUUAGGUACCUUAAUUAUGUCAUUUCUUCUUGGUAUGUUAUUAGGCAGUUCAUUUUUACUUUUCCAAAUUUCAGGAACCACUUACCUCUCAAAAGUGUUAUGAAGCAGUUGGUAAAGGUAUCAGAAGACCAACUAUGGUUAUUGGAUAUUUAUCUGAACUCAGAGCUUAAAAAAAAGUUGAAAAGAACUGUGAUGGUAGUCAGGUGUCCUUCAGUGCUCUUUAUCACAAUCAGUGAUGGAUUAAAAUACUUGCUCUAAGCAGUUUAUACCAAGAAUGGAAGUAAAUGUUACUUCCAUUCCUUAUACCUGUGCUCUACCCUUAAGCUUAUGAAUAUCCAUCUUCAUGCUUCCUGCCUCACUUCGGAGACAAUAUACUUCUAAAAAUAAUACCUGUAGAUUAUGAUAAGUGUUUAGCCAGCCAGCUUUCAGUAGAAGGCGAAUAUGUUUUACUUGAAGGUGCUUUAAGAAACGCCUUUCCAUAAAGGAAAGGUCUUUCCUGGCUGAAGGAAAGUACCUGAAGCCAGUUACCCAGCUGCUGGUCUAAUGGGAAGGUUCCCGGUACUAGAUGAUCCUUAUAAAAUCAUGUAAUCUCGUGCAGAGUCUUUCCACCUGAAAAUAAUAAAGCCCCUCGCCGAUCCAGUACAGAGUUUGGAAACAAAAUUGCAACUCACCGAUAUAUCAUGGUUCUGUAAUAAUUCAGUCAGCAUCAAGUAGUAGAAUCAUUAGGCUGAAUUGCAUACUUUUCACUCAUGCUGGCCACACAUCAUGGAGAGUUUACAAGAUUUCACAUGUCGCUAAUGCAGUUGUGUUUUGAACAAUGUUAAGCCAGUUUGUGUUGUGCACAUUUCAUGUUAAUAACCAUGCUUUUUAAAGAAGCAAUCAUAGGACUCCAAAAUCCAGGAGUUCAAACAAAA